AUGGACAGAGUGCGCGGCCCGGCUCGAGCCCUCAUGGCCGGGUUGGGGACUUCCACGUCCUUCCCGGAGCUGGACGGGAGAAUGCUGUGGUCCCUGAACAACUCCCUGGACCUGAACCAGACCAGGCCGGGCUGGGUGAGUCCGGAGAUCUCGGUGGCGGCGUUCGUGGAGGAGAACUUCACGCAGUCGCAGGUGACGAGCAGCGCCAUCAAAGAGAAGAACUGGCCGGCGCUGCUGAUCCUGGUGAUCAUCGCGCUCACCAUCGGGGGGAACAUCCUGGUGAUUCUGGCCGUGUCGCUGGAGAAGAAGCUGCAGAACGCCACCAACUUCUUCCUGCGCUCGCUGGCCGUGGCCGACAUGCUGGUGGGGAUCCUGGUCAUGCCCGUCUCGCUCAUCAACAUCCUCUACGGUGAGUCCUGCUGUGCUUGGUUUGACCGGGCUGAACCACCGGAGCAGUUUAGAUGUUCAUGA